AUGGCCUAUGGGCUGCGUCGCGCGGGACAGAAGUUCAAGGUCAUCUCCAAAAUGAACCGCUGGGUACGGAAUCAGGACGAGGAGCAGAGCGCGGAGGGCCAAUCCUCCAGACGAUGCCACCUCCUUGAGUUGCCCACCGAAUUACUUUUGGAGAUCGUUUCGCAUCUGCCAGUCUUGCCCGAGGCUUGUCUGGCCCUUACCUGUAAACGCCUCUACGCCAUCUUCGCUCCUAUUCUGGAUUCGAAAUCCCUCCACUUCAACCGAGAUUUUGCGCCGUUGUUCCAUCACUAUCGCAAUGGACAUAACUUUGUCACCCCACGCUGGCAGUUCAUCAACCUGCUCGAAACCAGCAGAUGGCGCGCUUGUUCAAAAUGCCUCAAGCUUCAUCCACGAACCUCGUUCCCCUCGAGAGAGCUGAAGAAAAAGCCCGAGGAGCGUGCCUGUAACCUAGGCUCUCUCGGUGGCAUCGUCGAUCUGUGUCCAUGCAAGAAGUUGACUUUCGCCGACAAGAUGGACCUGAUUAACCUCCUUCAAAUGCGCCGCAAGUCGGUGGCAGCAUUGGAAGUUCAAUUUGGACCCGGGGUCCAUGAACGCUUCUGCUGGCACUCUUGUACUGAGAACUAUGGGACGACUCGGUUGAAAGUCGACAUAUUCCCCGAACUCGUCGAGGACGAUCAGCUCUUGAUCAAAACGGAAUAUCACCUCUCUACGGGAUCCGGGCAGCUAGGAAAAGAAGAAUACAUGACACCUCGGUUUGGAUGUGCCCAUCGAUCGGUCGAUCUGUGGCUGUCCAGCGUCUGUCAAACGACUAUCUGUCGCCAGUUCGACAGCUUCUGUACCUCCUGCAAACGGAUUUCCAUCUGCAACACCUGCAAUUCCACCUUGAAAUGUCCUCGCAAACAGCCGUUGCGGGUCCAUCAAGAAUCAGGACAAGCCACGUACUACUUCUGGACGGAACGACGCCUCGGGGGCACAUCUCCCAUACCCGAUCAGACGUGGGCUGCACAACGAAUCCACCCCGCCGAGAAUCUAAUCGAUGUGGACAAUUGCAGUGAGCUCUGCCCGUGGACCGUCCGCGAGCACCCACCACUCAACAACGCUCCCAACUUAGGCAUGGAUAUCCUCGACAACGGGAUUCAGGAUCCAUCGAUGAAUCAGCUGAGACGCAGAGUGCAAGAGGCUCAUGAGCAUCAUCUGCAUCCUGGGGCGAUGAACUAUUCAGCACAUAACGGCCAGUAUCCCUCGCAGUACCUGCAGCAGCCCCCCAAUCUCCCGCCGCACCAGCAGACCAUCCAACCGCAGCAGCUACUGUAUAACAAUGCCCCCUCAACCGCCUCGCCAUACCCCUAUGGCAAGCCGAUGGUCUAUCCCCAGGUUAUGAUCCCGACAUACUCUCCUUAUGCGCAGCCCUACAAUCAACAGCCCCAGCAACCGCCCUCCCAACCCCAGCCGCCGCCACAACCACCGCCUCCGCAGCAGCAACAGCAGCAGCAACCACCCCAAUAUGUGAAUCCAUCCGAUAUCUUCCAGCAGCCGCUGCCUUCGAUCUCGUCUUCCUUCUCUACCCGUACACCCCCUCAGUAUGGAGGACCUCCGGCAGUGUCCGCUCCGAGUAGCACCAAUUCACCGGCGCUCUCGACUGCCGCUGUUGCGCCUCAGCCAACAACCAAUUCACCGGCACUCUCCACCACUGCUACACCCCAAGCAACGUACCAUACCACUCCCAGCGCCAACCAGGCCAGUCAACCCUUUGGGAAUGCCCCUCAGCCUCCAUCCAAUCCCCCGGCAGCAACGAGGCCGAAGCCAAUUGCCGCAAACCCCCCAGCGCCGUCGCCGAAGCUCAUCCCUCAAGUGUUAAUCCCGGCACCUUCCCCGGACGUGCAGCAAAAAAUGCCAAAGUCGCCCCCCAAGAAACAAACGCCGCGACCUGCAGCCUCGCAACCUGCACAGAAGCCGGCCAAGUCUGCCAUAGAUUACCAGGUAUUGCUACUGGCCAUGGCCGAUGAGUAUCUCAACGCAGCCCACGGUCACGGGACGACAGUCGCAUUGAUGAGGCGUGAGAUGGAAGUGGAGGAAUAUUAUAAACUAGUCGCCUCCGGUCUCGGUUGCCUAGAGGCCGUGCUCAAGAAUUGGAGGUUGCAGCCACGCGUCGAGGCCCUUGUACGGCUGCGGUAUUCACGCAUCUUGUUUGAAGAGACGGAAAACGACCUUGAGGCAGAAACCGCCUUGAGUAAGGGGAUUGAUUUGUGUGAACGGAACCGCAUGUUAGAUCUCAAGUAUAGUAUGCAGCAUCUUUUGGCACGGAUGCUGCACAAGACCAACCCGAAAGCAUCGUUGAAAGCCGUCGAUGGGAUGAUCCAGGACGUAGAAGCGUAUCGCCAUUCUGCCUGGGAAUACGCAUUCCGCUUUCUCCGAGUGUCUCUCUCAUUGUCAUCUCUCUCCCAUCAAGAUUCGGUCUCUGCGAUGCACCAUCUUCAUAAGAUUGCGAACAUGGCCAAUCGCCAUGGUGACAAAGCCGUUUCCUCGAUGUCGGCCGUAAUCGAGGCCUUAGCCCACCUGCAGCAGGGGACCAAUUUCGACUCCAUCGAGCAGGCACAACGAGCCGUGGCGAUCGCACGAAGUCACCAACUCAACGAUGAGCUGCGUCAGAUACCACAAUUGACCACGCUGGUUCAAAUGGUCGACAUUUGCUGCAGCCUUCUCGAAUACGAUAUCAACCAAGCCGCUCAAAAGCUGAAAAUCCUGCAAGACAUGAUGGAUGAGAGGUUAAAUGAUCCAAACUGGCGGCCUGACGGGUCAUUUUCUAUUCCUCUGAACGGCAAAUCGGCGGGCCCCUCUUCUAUCGACACAGGCGACAUUUUACAGGUUCAAAGCGGCACUCUGCUUUUGAGCUUCAACUGGCUGCCGCAGCAUGAUCUCUAUGCGCUUUGCUAUUUCCUCAGUUCCGUGACCCUCAGCUGCAAGAAUUCUCAUGAUGGUCGCAAGGCGGAAAAGUUCCUCCAGGAAGGAAUACGCAUGAUUCAAGGGAGCUUUAAAUCGCCACAAGAUAUCACCGAAUCAAUGGUCAGCGCAAAUAGACGCGUUGAAUGGCGCAGAACCUUGUACUGCAACCUACUUCUCCAGCAGGUAUUCCUUGCAUGUGGCCGCACGGACUGGGAUCUGGCAAAUAAGACAUUGAAUGAGCUACGACAGGAAGCGCACAAGCUGGGCGAAGGCCUUCCUAAUACAAUCCAGUGCUUGAUGGAGUACGCGGGCGGUACGAUUGCGCAAGCUACGGGGGAUCUGAAGACCGCACUUGGAUCGUUCCAGUCACCGACCCUCUCCCUGGCAUCAUUCCCAAGCAAGACCGCACGCAAUGACCCUUGUCGAGACCUUGCCAUCCUCGCCUCUCUCAACACGGUCCUUAUCAUUCGCGAGCCAACUCACCCUUCCCACUUCCAACUCCCGACCAUCCUGUCCGCUGUGGAGUCAUUCUGCAAAGGUAGCCCUAACAAGUACAUCCAAGCCGCUUAUUAUCUUGUCUGCGCAACUAUCCAAACAGACUCAACCAUCCAGACGAAGCAGUUCUUGCAACAGGCCUUGCAAUCGGCCACAGCUAUCAGCAACAGCCAGAUAACCUGCAUGACCCUAACAUUCAUGAGCUGGAAGUACUUCCGAGGUGUGGUCGGCGAGCAGGCCGAGAAGAGCGCCCGCGCAGGUCGCGCAAUGGCGAAGAAAGCCAACGACCGGCUCUGGGUCAGUGUCACCGACGAAAUGCUGGCCGAGACCCUUGAGCGACAAGGAAAGAACGAGGAGGCCAUGGGAGUGCGUGAUGAAGGCCAUCGGGUGAUGAUGGGAUUGUCACCGGCCUUGAAAAGAUCCACUUGA